UGCCAUGUAAUUUUACCUAAAUGGAACAUGGUAAAACACCUAUUUAGUUACAUAGUGCACAUUUAUAAACUAUUAAUAAAACAAUUUAGAUGCAUAGCUUUUUUCCCUAAAUACAAAGCCAACCAAAGGAACUUCCUCAGAGGAUCAGAUAGCAUAACAUGUACCUGUGCAAAAAAACAACAUAACGAUUUUUUAAAAACCUUAUUUAACAAAUGAAACUUGCCUGCGAUGAGGCUGACAUUUAACCCCAGAACACUAAUGCUUGUCAACAUGGUUUCAGACGACUAUUUCAGCGUUACUCCCUAACGCUGAGGAAUCCUAGGCAAAUGACAUUUAAUAAACUGGUGCCAUUCAUUCAGGACUGGCUGUUUUUUCUUUUAAUGAAAAGUUCUUGGUCACUGCAGUGAUUCGUUCACUGAUGUGCUUGCAUGUGAAAGAUUUAACCAACGCUCAAUAUAUAUUAUGAAAUUAUACAAUAUGCAAUAUAAAUAAUGCCAAACAUCUAAUUCUGUUGAACAUAAAAGGAACUAUCCAAAUAUGCGCGGGGGAUUCUCCCGCCCGGAGAGAAAUGAAAAAAUUAAAGAAAGAAGAGAGCUAUGUUGGAAGCGAAGGAAACUAUUGGAUGCACACAAAAUCACAAAGUGUAAUUCCGUAAAAAAAUCACAAUUUCCAUCUCUAACAUGCAAUAUCUACUGCGAAAUCCGAUGAUUCGUUGGGUAUCGUACUUCGCAAGAUAUUCAUUAAAUUACAUAUUUUUCCAUAUAAGCCUUUCUCGCCGUUCUUCUAACACGGAGAUUUAAUUUGUGCAAACGGUAGUACAACUGGGUUCAACGCCAUCUAGCAAAAAGAUAUAUUGGGGGCGUGGCUGUUAGUGUUAAUGCCACACCCAACAUGGCCCCUGUGUGGUGACGAAUAAAUAGAGCCAUUGGCGUUACAUAGUGUGUAACAAGAAAUUGGGUGUUAAGGAAACCAACAGACAAUGUAUAGUUCCUGUUGUAGCAUGUGGCGGUAUUCGCAGUCACCUGAUCCAUGUUGCGAUGCAAGCAAAAAAAAACCGCGACAUUUCUAGGUAUCGAGGUAUCCUUGAUGUUGGAAGCCGCCACGAAAUUGUAAGUGUCUAACUUGAGUAUUAUUCCUGCUCUGAGGAUUACAUGGAAGGAGCAGACAAUCGUCCCUUUCGAAUUGGUACCACGGUUCGAGCCCUGAACUCCGCUCUGCGUGGUGAGCCGGAGAAUGUGGCUGCGACUGUGCCCGAUAAACUGUGGUUCAAGGAAAGUAGUGCCAAGAAUCUCCGAAAUCGGGACUUCUUGUCGCCUUCAUCGGUCCUUACUACACUGUAUGCAGACGGCCAGGUGCCGGCCACUGUUUUGGGACGGGUGCUGUCGGUGGGAGGCAACGGAGUGCUGCCAAUAGCUGCGGGCGAGGUGAUCGUGGAAGGACUCCGGUUGCGAGUGGACCGUGUGUCCGUGUUUCGGGAGGUUCUGGGUGAUUUGCAUCCAUAUCUAAAGCCGUCGGGCCAGGGGCAGGGCCACGUCGUGUUAAACUGCCCGGCUCUCUACCCCAAGCGUUGCCUGUCGUCUUGCGAAACUAUCACUCUGGGACAGCUUCGGACAGUGUUGUUGGCCGACCACCAGGCGGUGCUGUUGAAGAAGAAGGGAUUUUCAGUGUCUUUCUGCCCUGCACUACCUGAGGGAGCUGAAAUCGUCCGUGUCCUUAAAUCCAUUGGUGUGGAAUGGCCCACGGUGCCAGUUUGUUCAGCCAAUGGCAAGAGAGAAGAGGAACUGUGGGGGGUGUUUAAGAAUUCACCAUAUAGAGACUCUGAAGAGGAACUGUGUGGAGGAAUGGAGAUGGAAGGAGGGGGGAGUGAAAAGGGGACCAAGACUGUGAGGAUAAACUUGAAAAAAGCAGUUCAGGAGAAGAAUCUUCAGGGAUAUGACCCAAACCUUGGGGUUUGUACUGUCCAGGAAGAGAGUGUGUACCAGUUAGGACAGUUGGAAGCAGCGACAGCAGUCGACAAGGGUGCGGCCCCCAUGGUGCUGCAUGUCACUUCAUCCCAGGAUGAGUUUCGCCAACAGCAGGUGGAUGUCCUGUGGAGAGUGGGCGGAGCCAGGGCCACUCAGAAACACAUGGUCUGUGGACCAGUCAAGACACCCGGUUCCCAGAUUAACGCCAUGAAGUACAUCCAGUUACGUAAAGCACAGAUGAAGGAGGCUUCAGAGAUUAAAUACGGGGAGAAAGUGGAAGGACAGGCGUGGGAUGACAUCAUCCAGGUCAUGACUUCAGCCACUGUGAGGUUUGAGCUGCUGUCAACGGUCCAUUCAAGUCCGGUGACCCUGGAUGUGCAGAGGGAAGGGGGCGUGUCCACCAAAGGCCCCAAGGGCGGAGUCUUUGUCAUGUACAAUUGUGCCCGUCUGCACACGCUCUUCACCAGCUACGAGCAUGCAGUGAAGCAGGGCCUUUACCCAGAAAUUCCAAAUGUAUCUCACCUGGAUUUCUCUUCCCUUAAAGAAGAGGGGGAAUGGCUUUUGCUAUUCAAUUACCUAAUUCCUUUUUCUGAUCUACUGGACCAAUUAGGACAGUCCCUGGAAGAAGAUCUGCAGGUUUCUGGUGUCUCUUAGUAAGGAUUUCAGCUCCUAUUACAACAGAGUUCAUGUCCUUGGGGAGCCAAUGCCUCAUUUGUACAAUCAGAUGUUUUGCCGACUGCAGCUACUUGGGGCACUGAGAGAACUUUACCACUGUGCCCUGGACACCUUACAUUUACCUCCGAUUCCACAACUAUAGUCCAUGUAACAGCACGACCCAGGCUAAGGACCCUUAAGCCAGCUACAGUGAUGCGUUUACACAUUGGGUACUGUAGAUACAGGUGCCCCCCUGUUUCUAGUAGGGUGCUACAGCCCUAUAUUUGGCUGCCCCUUUAUGCACAAAACAAUUGGAAGUACUAUUUUACAAACAGGCCCAUAAAGAGUUUAGGUAGUAGAGAAUUCUGUGAUACAGACACUAACCCUGUGCCAUAUUUAUUACCCCUUAGGUUUGGGGGCAUCUAAUGUCACUUUACAUUGUUUGUGCCAAAUUCUGGAAUAUUCCCAGGUCGAUGCAGGUUUCUCCCAAAAGAUGUUCUCAGGUGGGGAACCAGAUUUCAUUAUUAGAAUAAAUAUUGUGAGAUUAAUUUUAAUAAAUGAAGAUGUUUAUGUGAAACCUCUCUGAAUUUACUGCUUAGAUGUUUAAGUUUACAUUUUUAAUUAAUUUAUAAAAGUAAUUCUGGGUUUAGCAAAAUGAUAUAGGCCAAAAUUUUGUAGAAUGGGAGUGGCAACAAAUGAUGGUUUAAUUUAUUUUUAAUUACAGUUUUAAUAAGGCCAAAUUCUCUAAUGUAACCUUUUCAUUUUUAGUUGUAUGCCCUGUUGCACUAAUUGGAAAUGUGGCUAAAAACUUAUUGAUUUCAAGAUUUUUUUUGUAUGCAAUAUAUAUAAGAAAACACUCCAUGGGCCAAAAAAAUAAGUGCCAGUCAAAUGGUUCUGGUGUAAUCAAUUUUCCCAAAUCCACACACAACCACCUUAUUUCCUUGUUCUCUCUAGAUGUAAAAGUGUUGGGUGCAACUUCUUUCUGCUUUGUUUUGGUAUCACCUAAGUUUACUGUAACCUUUGUUACAGUAUCACCUAAGUUUUAACCUCAUGUCUAGGAUUUUGUUAAAGUCUUUGUAGUCUGUGCUGAAGACCAGUAUGCAAGCUAAUCAUUAAAAUUAAUCUGUCUGGGAGUUUUUUCAAGAGAUGUAUUUCGGAUAUGUGAAAAGGAACUGUGUCAGAGAGGAAAUUUAUGAUUUUUUAUUGCCAAUUCAAGCAUUAAGAUUUAGAGGCCAUUAUGGUUAAUAUGAUUAAAACCCAGAAUUACUUAA